AUGGCCACCCAAAAGGCGACGACGAUAUGCCAUUUACUCAAUCUGCCUGCAGAGCUUCGUCUCAGAAUCUGCGAGGCCGUCCUAUCUCCCGGUGUGCUGUGUCUAACAAGGACUGAUAACAAGCGCUUCGCCGUCUCUCCUGCGAUCUCUCCGCUCUUCCUCGCGACAUGUCGCCAGAUCUACAACGAAGCCAGCAAGCUACUCUAUUUCGAUAACGAGGUCACCCUCAUUAUGGACGUUCAUGACGCUUUCGCGCCCGUAAUCAACCAGUCGCGAUUACCACAGCGUGCGCUUGAAAGGCUCCAGCAUGUAUGCUUGAUCUGCGACGGAACGGCCAACUUCCAGGCCUCUUAUGAAGAUGUCGACUUCACCCCACUCUCUGCCCUGAUCUCACUAAAGACUCUACGUCUUUGCAUGAUUCUGWCCUCGACGCCGCACGACUUUCCGGAUGUGCUUGAGUACCGAGUGACAGAGCUCGCAGCUCAGAUCUUGGAGAGGGUGCCAGCAUCGACGAAAGUCGUGUGUAAUCUUGAACCCGGCAGCGUGCAGGAGGGCCUUGCAAAGUACGUCCAUACGAAAGGCGUUGAGCGCUAUGGAAGCGGAAAUGCUGGAAGAUCAGUCCCGGCUAUUACUGGCGGUGCUGGGGGCUCGUUUAAGCGGGACAUCGUCGUAAUACCGUCCGACUUGUUGGAGGAGGCUGUGUCCAGCGCCGAGGAAGAACAUGGCUUCAAGGGUUCCAAAUCUGGAGCCGGCCUAGACGUCUUUGCAGACCAUCGCUCAGACCUCAAGGGCUUUGCGUGGCGGUCGUGA